AUGAGCAUCUAUCCCAUUUUAGCUCUCGUGUGCCUCCUGCUCAUCCCUCAAAGCAGCAACGCAAGUCACAAUGGCGGCAUUUUAGCCAACGGCACAGAUGCUAAGCAACUCUACGACGACCUUUUUGUUACCGGCGCAUACAAUUAUCGCGUCAGACCAAGUAGCACUUACCAAACACCAAUGAGAUACAUAUUAUCGAAUUGGACAGAUGAAUUUCUUGUUUGGAAUGCCUCAGAUUACAAGGGCUUGGAUUACAUGCAAUGGCCACAGGAAGAUAUUUGGCAUCCCGAUUUGACCUUGACGAAUUCUUUUGAAGACUACAAACAGGUUGGAGACGAUAAGCUGUUGGUAGAAAGCUGGUCGGACGGAACUGUGUAUUGGUUCCCAUUUCAGGUUUUCGAGUCAACAUGUCCCUUAGAUAUAACCUACUUCCCGUUUGAUGAACAAACAUGCAAAUUAAAGCUCGAGGCCUACAGCUACACACAGUACGAGCUAAACGUGACGUCUAGGGGACUGGGUGUUAAUAUUGAUGAAUUCGAAAGAAGUUCAAGCUGGGAUGUAACUGAAGUUUCCUGGGAGACGGAUGCUGAUGCAUAUGGGCCAAAUGUUAUUUUUUCGAUCACAAUGAAGAGGAAACCACUCUUUAUCAUUCAAACCAUCGUGUUUCCAAUCAUCGCGUGCGCACUGCUGAAUACCUGCGUGUUCGUUCUUCCGGUUGAGAGUGGGGAGCGAUCUGGCUUCGCCGUCACCAUGUUUCUAGCUCUGGCCGUCUUUCUAACGAUCGUUUCCACAACACUUCCAGCUAAUUCGGAUACAGUUGCUGUUUUCUCCGUGUAUCUAAUUAUUCAAACGACGGCAAGCGUAUUAAUAACCGUUAUAGCAAACCUAUCGAUACGACUUAGCAUCUUGAGUGAUCCGAUUCCAAAGUGGCUUAACAAAGGGAUGAACCGCACAAGAUUGUUGCUCACUUGCAAGACUUGCAAAAAGCGAGCACCUACUUCCGAGGUCCACCCAUUUGAUGCCGAGAGCGGAGAUGUUCCGAAGAAGUCAGUCGAUUACGAGCCAGCUGACGCGGAGUUUCGUGAUUACACAUGGAAAGAUGUGAUUCAUUUGCUAGAUAUUGGAUGCUUCAUAUUCUUUAUCACACUGAUUCUUUUAUCGUCCAUCAUAUGCUUGUCAUUUGCAUAUGCUGGGAAGUAA